AUGGGCCACCAGGAAGUCCUCUCACUACCAUUUAUAGGGUCUUUAAGGAAGCUAUUAAGAAACGUAGGUUGCCAUGCCCUUCUUCAAAAGCGGGUUAUUCAGAAGAGCCCUUUUUGUCAAAGAGAAGAUGAUAAUAAGGUUCUCUUGUUGCGUCGCCAGUCGUCACCCAUCAUUUUUCUCGUCUUGGAUAAGGCCGCUGUAAAGAACAAUUCCAAUGGUGAAAGGGGAGAGAGAGAAGGGAACGAAGAAGAGGUUUGUACGGCAGAGCAAGUGAGUGACGUGAAGAGCCUUGAUUUCAGUUUACCCCUGGGCUCACCUUCUUCGCCUACACCUUGGUUCCUGCUUCUGGUAACACUUUGUUCUGCAAAUUCUCACCUUGCUCUGGUGGAUUUCUUUGCACUUAAGUUUGUUAUUGCUUAUGUGGUUAGAAAUAUAAUCCAAUCACCAAGGAUAAGAGAAAAGGUGAAACCAAUUUGGAGCACAACUGUCGGGAUGUUGUGUUCAGUACUUUGCUGUAUUGCGGCUUGGCUAGUGGAAUGGCAUCGGCUGUCCUUGUCUAGAGAACAGCCAGAUAAGAAAAUUAUUUCCCUAAACAUCGUGGUUUUAACUCCACAAUAUUUCCUACUAAGGCUAAUGGAAGGAUUUAAUGAACAUGAAAUGAAGACUUUUGUGCAGGAUCGAGCGCCUGAAUCAAUGAAAACAUUUGUGGAGCUGAGCAUUGAAAUGCUAUCAGGGAUAAUAAAAGCUAUUAGAGAUAAGAGAGACUAG